AUGAGGCAGUCCAAGGAGUCUCCCCGCGUUAAGUCGCUACGUAAAGCGAUAACAUUGGUUGUCAUUGUGUUGAUGGCUGGUAUUGGCUACCCUUUGUUCACCUACACUACCUCCAUUUAUCGUGCUGAUUUACCAAUCGAGCAAAUUAACAAGUAUGAUUUGUCAACCAUGAAGUUCAAGAUACCUGUGCAUGUCAAUGCACCAAUUGACGAGAAAAAGCUAAGAUCCAGGUUUAAACUGCUAUACCCAGACUUGGAACUGAGUUGGGUAGUCGAUUUGGUGAAUAAAGACGAUGCAAGGUAUAUUGUUAAUGUGCACCGCAAUGCAAAUGACUUUAAAGUCGAGACUGAUGACAGGAUCAUUAACAUCAGCCUACGACCUCAAGAUGAGGUUGACAGACUGGUGCAACAAGUGUUGUUUGAGCAUGUAUUCAAAGAUGAAUUAGAUACAUUAGUCUCAUUGAAACUUCGUCAACCAACUACUGACAUUUCCUUCGCUUACAGUGACAAUUACAAUUUGGUAUUUUCAUUACUUGUCGAGGACGGUAAAAAAAUUAACUGGCAGAUAGAACAGGCGCUUGCUGAAUUUGAACCUGUGCUUGCUUAUUUACAAAACAUCACAUCAUUUUCAGUAACCACUCAAAUCCAAUACUAUUCCAACCUCAAAGGUCUUUACGAAGAUGGAAUCAUUACCGAGGAUGAUUUGACGACAUUUAUUGAUUUUGGUGGUUGGAAUCUUGUGAAUUUGGACAUCAAUCCAACAAUCAAUUUUGUCACUUUUCUUCCUAAACAACCGCUUUCCAUUUCCCAUUCAGGCUCCAAUUCGUUUUUGGUAUCACAAUGGGGUGGCUUCAAGAUUUAUAAUCGAGGAUUACCAUCAAUGGCAAAUUCCACCAUAACCGUGGAUGAGUUGAUUCCAAUCAUGAAUAUUUUCGCCAAUCAGUUGUUACAACUACUUGGAUUCCCCAAAGGAGAUCAAUCAUUAGCAAUAAAGCUAGACUCAAUACAACGGUUAUUGGUGUACAAGAAUGUUCAAAGUUCAAUUGAUAAUUUAAAAUCCUUGGUGAAGUUGUCACAAUCUUUAAAAGAUAUCACUGUUCCAGAGGAAACUCGCCAGCAAGUGCUUUAUAGUCUCGAGAAAAUUGACGAAGCAAUAGGUACAAAGUCAGUUGAAGCUGCUGCUCAAGCAGAACUGGCUUCAAACAAAGCAUUCUUUGAAAAGGAGAUGGUUCAACAAGCAUACUUUCCUAGUGAACAUAAAUUGGCAGUGUUCUUACCAUUAUUAGGGCCAAUAUCCUCAAUUGUCAUUUUCAACACGAUAAAGUUGAUUAAGGGUAAGUGA